UUGUUUGUGAGGAGAGGAAGCCCCGCCCCUCAGCUGUACAGUGAGGAAUAAGGAUGAUGUCCGUCGCCGCGCGCGCGGGGCCGUUAUCGCCCUACUUACAGGCCACGAGCUACGCCGUUACCGGGCCGCUGAAGGCUCUCGCGCCCGCUGUGGUGAUGAAAAGUGAUCAGUUUCUGUUGGAGCGGAAGAGACCGGUCCUCUGUCGCGAGUCCCUGAGUGGACAGAGCCCCAGAACAGGGCCCGCGGUGUCCGCUAACCUGAACGUGAGUGCCGGCGUGCGUUUUGCCCACACGGACAUUAGGGUUCCCGAUUUCUCUGAUUAUCGCCGUCCUGAAGUGUUGGACCCAAAGAAGUCAUCUCAGGAGAGUGGUGAUGCGAGGAGAGCAUUUUCCUACCUGAUCACGGGUUCCGCGGCUAUCACGGGGGUCUACGCUGCCAAAACAGUCGUCACGCAGUUCGUCUCCUCCAUGAGCGCCUCGGCCGAUGUCCUGGCCCUGUCCAAGAUCGAGGUCAAGCUGUCGGACAUCCCCGAGGGCAAGAACAUGACGUUUAAGUGGAGAGGGAAGCCGUUGUUCGUGCGUCACCGCACCGAGAAGGAGAUCGCCACCGAGGCGGAAGUGGACCUGUCUCAGCUGCGUGACCCUCAGCACGACCUCGAUCGCGUCCAGAACCCCUCGUGGGUCAUCGUCAUUGGAGUGUGCACUCACUUGGGCUGUGUUCCGAUCGCCAACGCAGGUGAAUUCGGAGGGUACUACUGCCCCUGUCACGGCUCGCACUACGACGCCUCAGGCCGCAUCAGGAAGGGUCCGGCGCCACUCAACCUGGAGGUUCCUUAUUACGAAUUCCCUGAUGAGGAAACGGUGGUGGUGGGCUAAAAACACUGGGGGGGGGGGUGCGUUGUGUUUCCCACUCGCUGCUCUGUUCAUGUAGUAACUGUAAGUAAUGUACGUAGAUUUUAUUUCACACACCCACCUCACGCUGGUUAUUCUUCAGUGUUUCCUCUCAGUGAAGCUUCAGUGCUGUGUGAGAACCUUAUCUCACACACACUUCUGCUCUUCCUGUGUAAAAAUAAUAAAGAUGUAAAUAACACA